AUGCCUAUCCCCGUCCCCUCCGCCAACUCCCUGACCGACCUCCUCAGCCUGAAGGGCAAGGUCGUAGUCGUGACGGGCGCCUCCGGCCCCCGCGGCAUGGGCAUCGAAGCCGCCCGCGGCUGCGCUGAAAUGGGCGCCAACAUCGCCCUCACCUACGCCUCCCGUCCCCAAGGCGGCGAAAAGAACGCAGAGGACAUCAAGAAAACCUACGGCGUAGAAGCCAAGGCCUACAAAUGCGACAUCGGCAACUUCGAGAGCGUCCAGAAGCUCGUUGACGACGUGAUCAAGGACUUUGGACAGAUUGACGCCUUCAUCGCCAACGCCGGUCGGACCGCGGAUGGUGGCGUCUUGGAGUCCACGGUCGAGGCCUGGAUGGAGGUCGUGCAGACGGAUUUGAACGGAACGUACCACUGCGCUAAGGCCGUGGGGCCGCACUUUAAGAAGCGGGGCAAGGGCAGUCUGGUCAUCACGGCCAGUAUGUCGGGUCACAUUGCCAACUUCCCGCAGGAGCAGACCUCGUACAAUGUUGCUAAGGCUGGGUGUAUCCACAUGGCGCGUUCGCUGGCGAAUGAGUGGAGAGACUUUGCCCGUGUCAACAGUAUCUCGCCUGGUUAUAUCGAUACGGGACUGUCGGAUUUCGUGGACCAGAAGAUCCAGGAUCUCUGGUUGAGUAUGAUUCCCAUGGGCCGGAAUGGAGAUGCGAAGGAGUUGAAGGGUGCUUAUGUGUACCUGUGCAGCGAUGCCAGUUCGUACAUGACUGGUAACGAUCUCCGUAUUGAUGGUGGUUACUGCGUGCGGUAA